AUGCUGAAACAGCAGCAAUCAUUGCUAACAGCUAACGUUAAUGACUCCAUCAUGGGAACAUUACAGCUGACUAACACUACCACCUAUAACUACCCACAGAUGUUACACCAGCAGCUUGCUAAGUCGGCGUAUUAUCAUUCGAUCCAACCGUUGGAUACUCCGGAGGCCAUCAUUGACGAGAUAAAGACACGAUGCAAAGAUGCCGAGCCUUAUGCUCCUGGUUCCCAUACGGCACCGUCGACGAUGUUUUGUUGUUUGUAUCGGCUUUUCGUGAUGCGAAUCAACAGCAAGGUCUUGGGUCAGCUGAUAAACUAUCAUGGAGCUCCCUAUGUUAGAUGUGCAGGUUUUCUCUAUGUACGGUUUGGCCUGUCGCCUAGGGAUUAUUGGAGCUUUCUGCAACCACAUUUAUUG